AUGCGUCUAGCCGCUCUGAAACGUCUUGACAAACACAUCAAUCCAGACGACUUGUCAGCCACACUCGAAGCACAUCGAAAUGCGAAUCGCGCUUCCGUCAUUCGUACAGUUUCCACCGAACGAAUCGACCCUGACAUUGUACGCCCUUCUUUCAUAGAGAAUCGAGCGCCCAUCAGGCGGGUAUUGGCCAAACGCUCUGCGGAAGAAGAAGAAGAGAAAGACAAACUUGAUCUGGGAGCCUUCUCUAAGCUUCAGAGAGACGCCUCCGACAAGGUAGAUGCUGGCGCUGCAUUUCAACUCCGGUCAUUGGAUAGAGUCGCCCAAGCCACAAAAAAGGCGGCAGAAAUCGAGUGGCAGCGAACCAGGACCAAGGAACAGUACCAGAAAUGGGUUGACUUCUUGACCAGGCACGAAGAUCCCCUGCAGCCAAUACCAGAAUACAAAGACGACGAUCGCGGUGCUUUCUUCACGACACUGCGUAGAGUCUUCGCCAUCAUUCGUGAAGAACAAGUCCGGCAAUCAACUACGAGGUUCGUUGACAAUCUAGCGCCUAAUGGUUUCUUGUCCUACUACGGCUUUGCACAACCCAUCAUCUAUGGACUCAAAGGCUACCCACGCCAGGAGCCCUGGAGUCGUCGACCAAGACGCAAGAGAUACACCACGAGAUAUUGGCUUCAAAGCGAGAUAGAAGCAUUCGCCGAGUGGAUGGAAAUGACUCCUGCAGAAGACGCUGCGAGAGCAAAGAUUUCCCAAAUCCUGAUUGACUUGGUCCAACAAUCAGAUCCGGGUCUCAAAGCCGAGACAUACGGUUCUCAGUCGACCGGACUUGCAAUGCCAAACUCGGACAUUGACAUUCGUAUUGGAGACAAAACGUCCAAGCGAAUUCCGUACACAGGCGAGCCCAACGAUAAAGCCGCCAAAGCAGCAUGGGCUGCAGGAGCUAUGGCUGAACGGAAAAAACGGAUGGUAUUCCACCUCCGCGUCAUCCAGUCCUUGUUAGCCAAACACGAAGACUUCGCUCAGGUUACAAUCAACGAAGCAGCCUACUUCCCUCUGGUCAUAGCCGUCCACAAACCCACUGGCCUCAAAGUUCAAAUCGUAUCCACAAAAUUCAGCCACGGUGCUCGAGUGGCAACCAAAAAGUACCUCGCCGAGUUCCCACAACUGAAAGCGCUGUUCUUGCUGUUGAAAACCACCUUGAAUCUGCGCGGUCUUUCGGAUCCUUGGUACGGCGGUGUAGGCUCCUACACUCUGUUCAUGAUGUGUGUAGCUUCCUUGAAACACUACAACAAGCAGAAACCGCAACAAACGACAGUUCGCGCAGCCAGCAGUCUGCUCCACUUCCUCGAUUUCUGGACAAAGUUCGAUACCUACCGAGAAGCAUUGAGCAUUGAGCCUUUUGCCAAAUUCCGAANNAGGUGUCAAGACAAGCCCAUGAUGAAAGAGAGGCUAGAAAAGUUAAUGAGGUAUGUUUUUUUUGCUAUUCGUGUUUAUCUUGUUUCACAUGAGACUAACAAUACCUUUACAGNNUCUCUUUGGGCCCGCCACCGCAUCGCCAUUCCCUCCGCCUACAAACCCUGGAUGCUGCACCUCCAAGACCCCGGAGACGCCUACAACGACCUCAGCCGCAGCGCCCUGGCCAUCAAAGACAUAAUAGCAACCUUCAAACAGCUCUACCAUGACCUGCUGUGGGAGAUGGAAGAUCCGAAAAGAAGAGAUGAUGCUACUCCUCUACUCAGAAAGUUUGUCGGUAACAGUGAGAGAUACUUUGACGAGAUGAGGAUCCCGGUGGAUUUGUGGGGUGGUCAGUUUGUUGAGGAGCAGCAGGAGAUGAAAAGUCAAGCUGAGAGUGAGGUGAACGAAGAGGAGACUGCUUACAGAGAGGUCGACGAAGAGGAGGAAUCUCCAGACGCCAUCUCAACUCUACGCUCUAUGUAUGAGCAGACAGGACCCAAGCAAACCGUUUAG